AUGACAGAGGAACAAGAGAGAAUCCUCCUGGAAGCUAGAAAAAAUAUCCUCGGACCAGAUGGGCAACCGACACAACUUCCCAACAUAAUCGAAGCCAACUUCCCCUUGAACCGACCCAACUGGGACCCCAACACCUUUGAAGGUAGGGAGCAUCUGUCCACUUAUCACCAGGCUCUAAUAAUGGGUUUCCGAACGGCCACUAGGCAGCCAACUAAUUUGGCCAAGGAAAGUCGGGGCUCGGAUCCCCUCCCCGAGCUCAGGGUAACUUUUGAAGUGGAGGGGACCCCAAUAAACUUUGAAGUGGAUACAGAGGCAUUAUACGCAGCCCUUAAGGCCCCACUGGGCCCUCUAUCAAAUAAAAGGUCUCUAGUUCAAGGGGCUAAUGGCAGUAAAUAUUGGGCUUGGACAACUAAGAGGACCAUGGACCUGGGGAAAGGAAAAGUCCAUCACUCCUUCCUAGUGAUCCCAGAAUCCCCGGCCUCAUUGAUGGGCAGAGAUCUGCUCACCAAGCUCCAGGCCAGAAUAACUUUUAACCCUGAAGGCCCCCAAAUGAAAUUUCUAAAUCCUUCAGUAAAAACUCCUAUAGUCAUGGCUUUAACUAUGUCAGUAAACGAUAAACAUCAACUCUUCACACCCAAGACUGAUCAAACAGGCAAGCUACCCCAGAAAUGGAUAACAGAUUACCCAGAUGCCUGGGCAGAAACUGCUGGGUUAGGCCUAGCCAUGAAACAACCUCCAAUAACAGUGGAGUUAAAAACCUCAGCCUCCCCAAUCAAUGUCAAACAAUAUCCUCUGGAAAAAAAAAAAAAAACUAAAGAUGGGAUAAGGCCCCAUAUUCAGAAAUAUCUGGCCUUAGGGGUCCUAAGGCCCUGUCAAUAGGCCUGGAACACUCCCCUGCUACCAGUAGAAAAGCCAGGAACUGGGGACUACCACCCCGUUCAAGACCUAAGAGAGAUCAACAACAGAGUGCAGGACAUUCACCCCACGGUACCUAAUCCAUACAAUCUGCUUCGCACUCUGAACCCUGAGCGAAAAUGGUAUACUGUUCUGGACUUAAAAGAUGCUUUCUUUUGCUUGCCUCUGCAUAAAGAUAGUCAGUUGCUGUUUGCUUUCGAGUGGGUAAACCCAGAAACCGGAACAUCUGGUCAACUAACUUGGACUAGACUCCCACAGGGGUUCAAAAACUCCCCCACUCUCUUUGAUGAAGCCCUCCACAGAGAUCUCAACAACUUCAGAACUAUGCACCCUGAAGUCACCCUGCUUCAAUAUGUGGAUGACCUGCUACUGGCAGCCAACACCAAGGAAAACUGGGAACAUAAGUCAGGAGAUUUAACUACAUCGGAGCACCCCGACAACUUAACAUCUAAGGACACUGACACUGAACUCCUCGACUUCACUGAGCCCAGCCUACAAUUUCAGAAAGCCCUACACUACGUUAAAAAUGUACAUCAACUCACUCACCUUGGUUCAAAGAAACUGCAGGCAUUCCUGAAAGAUCAAGAACAGAGUUUUCCACUAACCGGCACACAGCGAAAGGAAAUAGCUGAACGGGUAACAAAAGCCUGUCGGGUCUGUCAAUUGGUUAAUUCUUACCCUUCCAAGCUUCCUGCAGGAAGGCGCCUUCGAGGAACCAGAGCAGGACAAUUUUGGGAAGUGGACUUUACUGAAAUUAAGCCAGCAAUGUAUGGACUUAAAUAUCUCCUAAUCUUUGUAGAUACAUUUUCAGGAUGGAUUGAAGCCUUCCCCACAAAAAAAGAAAUGGCGCUAAUGGUGGUCAAGAAGAUCCUGGAAGAUAUUUUUCCAAGAUACGGCCUGCCUAAGACUUAAAGCUCUUGAAAGAACUCAGCGAUACCUGUAAAAACAGCUGGCCACUGCCUACCAACCUGGGGACGAAAGGACUCCACACCGAUAUCAAGUGGGAAACUUCAUCUACAUAAGACGACAUCAGGUGUCAUCCCUGGAACCCCGCUGGAAAUGACCAUACCAGGUGCUACUUAUAACACCUACAGCAGUAAAGGUAGAUGGAAUCACUUCCUGGAUCCAUACCUCUCAUCUCAAGACUGCGCCCUGUCCAGACUCUGGCUGGAAACUAAAAAAGACUGGUAACCCUUUCAAAUUGUGUGUUCACCAUGUGGAUAGGGCUAUAGACUCUCCCCUUGACCACCAGUAGUCCUAAUCCUCAUCAGCCCAUUCAGCAGCGAUGGCUGAUCACAAAUCCUACUGGACAAGAAAUAUGGUCUAUCUCGCAUACAGCCCCCUUAGGGACCUGGUGGUCAUCUCUCCACCCAGACAUUUGUCAGCUGGCUAUAGGUCUUUCCUAUUGGGAUAUCCCUGAUGAAGAGGAUCCCACUAAAAUUCCAUUAAAUCCCUUCUGUACCAUAGAUAAAGGAAACAAACAUUAUGGAUGUAGGGACACGUGAGCCAGAUGCAGGUUGGCUAACCUAGAUUACUAUGUUUGCCCGGUGGACUAUCGAAGCCACAAACAGUCAUGGCUGUGUGGGGAAAAAGCCGACUUCUUCUGUAAGUCAUAGGGAUGUGAGCAUACAGGGGCUACCUGGUGGAACCCAAACUCCUCAUCAAAUUCAGUACACAGCAUUGGCCAUAUUACCAAUUAGAUAACCAAAACCGAAGACCCCCAGAGGGAUCUCUAGAUCCUCAAAUUCUGCGUGACCUUUUUAACUUCUGCAAGUGCUCAAAAGGGUGGAAGGAAAUUCCCCUAUGUGGAGGCCUUUUCCCUCCUUUGCUCACAUCCUAAACUAUGCUUCUCCAAUAGAUCCUCACCCUUAGCCUUCUGUUCUAGACUCUCUGCUGUCACUCCCACCUCAGCAACCUGAUUUCUCCCCUCCAAUUACUAGAUCAAAAACCCAAACCUCCGCCAGUUCUCAGACCAUUGCCCCCUUGCUGAGGUAGCAGGUACUGAGGUACCCCUCCACCCACUCACUCCUCUCUUCUCCUGUCAGUGCCCACACCGGGUUCCACCAGGUCCUCUUACCAGCUAACCCAAAGCUCAAACCAGCUGAGGAGAGCCGUCAGACCCCUAUCCAAGAUGUAAUGAAAAUGGCCUUUAAAGUUGCUUUGUCAUCACUAAAAACAGGUUACUAAGAAUUUAAAGUCCCUCACAGGCUUUUUGGGAUACUCACUCCCAUCUUCCCCUCUGCUCUACCUGUUCUACUACUCAAGUUUUUGUUGCUAGGAAAAUCCCAAACACCUUUCCCAUUAUCCACAGAGCUGCUCUCAGCCCCACCUUCCCCGUCUUCCCCCUCUGUACCAGGCCCACAAAAAAGUCUUAACUGACCUUCUCCAGAAGUCUUCACCAUGGCUGACUUUAGGACUUUCAGCAAAAGAGUCCCUAUAAAAGAGUUCAGUAUAGAUAAACUUCCUCUUUUCAUGUUGCCCUGUUCUACUUGGGCACUGGCUGGAAAAAUCAGCACUCCUAAGCUAGACACCCCCUUACUAGUUUUUCACAAAAUAUGUGAACAAGGCCUCUGGCCUUGAGCUGGGGCUUCACAGAGAUGGCUACAUUUCUAAGAUAAAGAAGUUACCAACUGGGCUCCAUGGUAACAGCUGGCAGGAAAAAAAAAAGGGGGGGGGAGAAAAAGCUCUCCCUCUCCCAGGUGUCCUUAAAAAGUUAACUUGCCCAGAACAGAGGAAAAAAAACAGAAACAAAAACUGCUUUUUAUAAACUUCUGCAGACUGUGAACUUCUGAGCCCCUUCCCUUACAUUUGGGUACAAAAAUUCUGAAACUACCUAAACUUGGGGUUCAGGGGAUUAAUUGAUUACAACAGAAGCAAUGCCCUCUGAAUCUGGUUGCAACCAAAUAGGACUGUUUCCCUGUCUUCGGUACUAUCUUAGGUGCCUUGCCUUGUCCGUCCCUACAACAGUAUAAUUCUAUAUACUUAAACAUUAUUUAUGUUUUCAUAAAAUGGUCAACAGAUGUAAUUAAUUAUGUAAUGGUGCAGAUGUUUCCCAGAUUGCUCUAUUAUGAUGCAGGUUCAUUUGAAGAUCAAAUAGGGGGGGCAUACAACCCGGUUUCCCGGGAACCUUUAUCCUUCACUUUAGCCAUCCUGUUAGGAAUAGGAGUUGCUGCAGGGGUGGGCACAGGAACCACUGCCCUGGUCCAUGGGACACAACAAAUGAUCCAAUUAGAAGCAGCAAUAGACCAAAACUUAAAGAUAUUAGAAACCUCCAUCACAGCUUUGCAGGAAUCUUUAACCUCUCUCUCUGAAGUUGUUUUAAAGAACAGGCGAGGGUUGGACCUCCUCUUCAUGAGAGAAGAGGGCCUUUGUGCUGCAUUGAGGGAAGAAUGUUGUUUUUAUACCGACCAUACUGGAGUUGUAAAAGAAUCUAUGAGUAAAUUAAGAAGAUGCCUUGAAGAGCGUCAGCGAGAGAGAGAGAGGCCCAAAAAGGGUGGUAUGAGUCUUGGUUCACACAGUCCCCCUUGUUAACUAUGCUUUUAUCAGCCCUGGCUGGUCCUUUAAUAAUCCUUAUAUUGUUGCUAAAUCUAGGACCCUGUUUGCUCAACCGUGUAGCUUCCUUUCUCCAAGCCCAAAUUGGACAAGUCAAACUUAUGGUAAUCAGACAACAAUAUACCCCACUAGCAGACAUAGAAUUGACACCCCCCAAUGACCACUUUUAUGAUUAAAAGUAGCCAGAAGAAGAAGUGGGGAAUGAAAGGUUAAUAAAAUAGGUAAUUGUCACUCCAUUUUUCUGUAUGCUUAACAAAACACUGUUGAAAUCCCGAGAACUGUUAGCUAAUCUUGUUCCCAGAAUGUGCUGUCCCCAACUGCCCCAAACUGCAGGAUGCACUCCCUCACUCGGUUGCAGGCAAACAGCCCACUCGCCCUGACCCGUCAAUGAACUUCCCUCCCUGCCCUCUCCAAGAAAAGUAUAUAAGCUCUGCUUAAGCUGUUCUCAGGGCUCUCUCUCUUUGCUCUAUUCAUGUGAGCUCUGAGCCCCAGCAUGCUGGACCCCUAAUAAACCCUUUGCUGUUGCAUGA